UUAUAUAUAUUACAUACAAUCAUUCAUGUAUUAUAUCAUUAUAGAUUUGAAAGUGACACAACAACAAGAUGAGACAGAUAGCGUUGUUGCUUUGUAUGAUUUUGAACCCCAAGAAGCUGGUGAUGUGGGAUUAGUAGCGGAUGAGGUUUACACAGUGUUGGAAACAAGUCGACCACAUUGGUGGAAGGUUCGCAACAAACGAGGGGAGGAGGGGUACGUGCCAGCUAAUUAUGUAAAGUAUCGGACGAAAGAUGGUUUAGAAACAAUGAGUUGGUUUCAGCGCGAUAUGACUCGACAACGAGCCGAAUAUUUAUUAAAGCAAGAUGGAAAAGAAGGGAAUUUUAUCGUUCGUAAUUCAUCCCAGCCCUCAGUGGUUUAUACUUUAUCUAUCGUUACUAAAGGAGGACAAAUUAAUGGACCAGCUAUCGUGAAGCAUUACCAUAUAAGAAAAAAUCAAAAUGAUGAAUUUUAUCUUUCGGAAAAACAUUUCUUGCCAACUAUAAAGGAAUUGAUCAACUACCACAAACAUAACGCUGGAGGUUUAGUUACGAGGCUACGGCAAGCUCCAGUAUCAAUAGCGGGGAAUUCCCAGCCAGCCACCCAUCUGUUCAGCAACUCACAUUGGGAGAUUGAUAUCAACGAACUACAGUUCAUGAAAGAACUUGGAAGCGGACAGUUUGGUGUGGUUCAACUUGCAUCAAUACGUGGCAAACAACUGGUUGCUGUGAAAAUAAUGAAGGAAGGGACGAUGGAGGAGGAUCAUUUUAUUGAAGAGGCCGAAGUUAUGACUAAACUGACCCACCCGAACCUUGUUGAGUUAUACGGGGUUGUCGUGAAACAGCGACCGAUCUGUAUUGUCACUGAGUUUAUGGAAGAAGGUUGUUUGCUGGAUUAUAUUCGGAAACAUACGCACCUACAGAACCAUCCGGAAACUUUACUAGAUAUGUCUUGCCAGAUAUGUUCUGCUAUGAAAUAUCUUGAAACAAAUAAUUUAAUUCAUCGUGAUCUGGCUGCAAGGAAUUGCUUGGUUGGGAAAAACAUGUUGGUGAAAGUAGCCGACUUUGGUCUGACCAGAUAUGUUCUUGAUGAUGAAUACACCAGCUCGCUUGGGAGCAAAUUCCCCAUCAAAUGGGCGGCCCCGGAAGUUUUGAACUUUACUAAAUUUAGCUCAAAGUCGGAUGUUUGGGCAUUUGGAAUUCUAAUGUGGGAACUUUUUACAGGAGGCAAAAUGCCGUACAGAGCAUUAAGCAACACCGAGGUUGUAGAACGAGUUGCCGUCGGUCAUCGGUUGGAACGACCACAAAGUUGCCCUCAUGAUGUUUAUCUACUUAUGUUGAAAACAUGGGACAUGGAGCCAGAAAAACGGCCGUCGUUUGAAAUCCUUUCAAUGGAAAUUGAAGAUAUUGUUGACAUUGUGAAUGCAGCGUGCAUGCCAGAGGGAAUGUACGAUGUGGAGUGAACAGAAAUAGUUAUGCAGAAAAAAAGUUUAAAAACUUUUAGCGUCUCAUCUUGUACACCAGUGUGUAUUUUACAUUCAAUGAUAAAGUCUUGACAGAUGGCGGACAAAAGUAAGAAAUACUACGUUAAUUCCAGAUGAGCCGCUAAUAGAUUAUUUACAUCAUGCCUGGUAGCAGAAGUAACAUAAUCAAGUUUGAACCAGCAUUUCUUCAAUUGCACUUUUACUGUGUUUUGUGCAACUAGAUUGCACAUUAUAUUUCAUUUGAUGUUUUAAGGUUAUUAUUUUUUAUGUUGGUUUCUUAAUGUUUAUUUUUAAUUGAACUCCAGCAAAUGAUUGCUGGGUACGUAGAAGGUACCAUUGUUAUUACUGUGCAAUUAAGCGAUUAGAUUUAUUCAGUGCAAUUUGAAAUCAAUAAAUCCUGGUUACUAAUUGAAAA